AUGCGGCGCUCUCCAUCAGCACGAUCAUCGACUUGGGCUGUCAUAUUAAUUCUCUUCUUGCUAAGCGCGGUUGAUAGCACUCCUAUCAAAGAGAAAACUUACAUUGAGGAAGAGUAUGACUUCAUAAUUUGUGGAGGCGGCACUGUUGGCCUCGUUUUAGCCAACAGAUUGUCUGAAUCUGGCAGGAAUAAAAUUCUCGUUCUUGAAGCGGGGCCGGAACCCUCUGUCGUAGCAGCGUACGAGCCUGCUGGUGGCAACCAGUUCCUCGGCGGAACUUCAAUUGACUGGAACUUUCACACUGUCCCUCAGGAAUAUCUUGACGGGCGUAUCUUGCCGUACCACCGUGGCAGGUGCUUGGGUGGAAGCAGUGUCACAAACGGUCUGUUUUAUGGUCGGGGUAGUGCCAGCGUAUACGACAAGUGGGUAGAGCUUGGUAACCCUGGCUGGGGCUGGCAUGAUGUUUAUCCGCUAUUUGUGAAGAGUACUCGCUUUAAUGCGCCGAACCCUGACUCCGAAUUUGACCAAAGUUACCAAACAUGGGAUCCAAGCGCAUAUGCGGACGGUCCUCUAGAUAUUGCUUUCCAAGGCUAUGUUCCUGAGUCGGGAAUUGCAUUCAUUCAAGCUUGUGAAGCUGCCAAUAUACCUAUCGUCAAUGAGUUAAAUUCGGGAAAUAAUACUGGUGUCAAGCAAGGUACUGGUUGUCUUGAUAGUAGAUACCGACGAAGCUCUAGUUAUGAUGCCUUUUAUAAACAAGCAGCCGGUCGACUAAAUUUGGUGGUUCUGCAUCAAGCUCCUGUCUCUGAGAUCAUUACAAGACAAACAAAUGAAUCUAUAGUGGCGACUGGAGUAGUAUUUACUGAGCAGUUGACUGGUCGAUCACGUAGUGUCAAGGCAAAGAAGGAAGUUAUUUUGAGCUUGGGUGCAUUUCAAACUCCUCAACUUCUCAUGGUUUCGGGAAUUGGUCCCGCUUCAGAGCUGAACAAGUUUGCCAUUGACCAUGUUCUGAUUAAUGAGAAUAUUGGUCGCAACUUGGACGACCAUUCCGUCUUCAGUAUUAUGGCUACUGUUCACCACAACGCCUCAACUAGCCAGAUGUUUGCCUCUGCUAGCAAUAUACAAGCAGCUCAGGCUGAGUUUUACAACAACCUUACUGGCCCAUACACAGCACCCUCAGGCAUAACCAAUGGGUUCCAGAUGCUCUCUGAUGACGAACUGCAGUCCAUUGGUGCACAUGACAUUGUUGCUCAAGGCCUCACGAACCGAUCGCACAUCGAGUACCUCUACGAAUCAAUGUGGUAUCCUGGGGGCCCAACUCCAUAUUAUAUUCCAGAUGAAGAUAUCUCAUACAUCUCCCUCACCGCAUCGAAUCUCGUAGCUGCAUCUCGGGGAAAUAUAACUCUUCGAUCAAGCUCAAUGAGUGAUGCGCCCCUAGUUAACCCAAAUUAUUAUUCCCAUCCGGCAGACCGCGCCUUAGGGAUUCAGUCAUUCAAGUAUCUACGGAAGAUUCUCGCGCAUCCAGCAUUUGACAGGUUCACAGUUGGCCCAUCCCACGGAGAGGUUAGCCCUGGCCCCUCCGUCAGCAGUGACGACGAUGACGCGAUAUUUGAGUACAUCAAAGCAAAUACCAUCCCAAAUUGGCACGCCUCGGCAACAACUCAAAUGCGACCACUAGAAGACGGUGGAGUGGUAGACCCGAGAUUGAGGGUUUACGGGAUUCAAAAUCUCCGGGUAGCGGAUUCCGGUAUCAUACCGUUACUCCCUGAUGUAAAUAUUCAGGGGCCAGUCUUCAUGAUUGGCGAGAAGGCGGCACAGAUGCUCAGAGAGGAUUGGGGAGACAUUUGA